AUGGUUAUCCUACUGCUACCCCAGCCUCUCAUCUGGAGGCUUCGCGUUUCUAAGAAUAGGAGGAUCGGCGUCUCCCUCGUAUUUUGCAUUGGUAUAAUAUCUGUCGGUGCGGCCAUUGGAAGAACAGUGCUAGCAUAUAUUUAUGCCGAAUCAGCGGACGUCACCUGGAACUUUUCUCAAGUUGGAAUCUUCAUCCUCCUCGAGAUGACAGCCGCGAUUCUCGUCUUCGCAGUGCCUACUGCUCCCAAACCAUCGGCGCAUCUUGCCAAACGGGCUGGUAGCUCCCUCGUCUCUCUCAUCAGGCCCAAUCGUAGCGGAAGCGGGAGUAGUGGUCAUGGCCCAUUUGCCACUGGCAGUGAAAAUACACAGGAACGUAUUUAUCGAGAUCUUGAAGGUGGGAUUGUGCCUCCUUUACCGAAACCUAGGUUGGCGAGAUCGAAGCACUCCGCGGAUGCAGACAGUCAGGCUGAGUUGACUGCGCCAUCGCCCACGAGAUAG